UGGUUUCCAUUGCGUUGGAGAUUACAAACUCUUCAUUCGUAUAUUUUCUUUGCCUCUUUGUUCGUUGGUCAGUUAACCUGCGAUGUAAAUGACAAUACUUAAAGACUUAGAAGGCACUGGAAUUACUGAAGGUGUGUCCGCUCGAACACAGCCACCACCUAACCUUCCGGAAGGCCCCGCUCACUUACUGGCAGAUAAUUAUUACUACUCACGUGAUGGCAGGAGGGAAGUCAGACCUCCAGUCUUACUCGCAGAUGCAGGGCGUAUUGCGCUUUCUGAGGGUGGUACUGAGGUGAUUAGUAGUGGUUCUGCAGUUGCUGUGGGAAAGAAGCCUCCAACACCAGGGAAGCCUUGGAAGUGGGACUAAACGUACAGUGAACUGCUGUUCGUCUGUGUUCAGUAGGGAAUGCCAAAUACAUGUACAGUACUUAGUGAAGUAAAUAGGGUGUAUGAUAUUUAAAUUAGUUUGCCAUAGAUUGUGAUCAGUAAAAAAAUUGUAGUUCAUAGAAAUCAAUGUAUAUAUUAGUUCUCAUGCAUUCAUUAAAUUGUUAAGACGUAUUCUGUGUCAUUUUAA